CGCUUCAGUCAGGGCUAUGUUCGCAAGCUCCAAUGGAUACUCAUUCAAGGGGUUUGAAAAGCUCCACACAGCAGCGAGCAGCGAGGGCCUGUGACCAAUGUCGCUCGCUCAAAAUCAAGUGUGUUCGAAAUGACAACGGACCGACAUGCGCCAAGUUGAUUCGCCUUUGCAAGAAUUGUCUCCUUGUGUUUAACUAACAUUGGCAGAUGCGCCAAAUUGAACAUUCGCUGCGUGGCCCCCGAACCGAAACGCACAGCACAAACGCUGCGGCGCUCAAGACCGUGAGUAGUCCAAGCUGCACGUCGGCUUUGAGGCACAGCCGUGAUUCUGAACUUCAUGUAAGGAGGAUUAAGGACCUUGAAGUGCGACUUAACGGCAUUCUUGACAUUUUGUCGCGCCGCAAGUCUGAAGCGGAGAACGCGAAAGCAGCCGCGCCGCACAUCACUGCCGACGUUGUCGACUCAACCGACGUCGAGGCAUCGAAUGCACCGCAAGAUCAAGAUAUAUGCCAUCCAAGCGAUGUCCAGUGCGACUUUUUGUCGAAUCAAGGCAAUUUGGUUGCUGCCUACCAAUGCAACGAUACUGGGAUUGCGGAUGUCGCGCCGGUGCAGUACCUCCAGCUCUCCUCCGAGUCUUAUGCCGUAGGAACAACAGGCAUUGAAAUCAGUGCGAACGUGCUACAGCAUUUACUUGAUACCUUUGACGAAAUGACUGUAUUCUUUCCGUUCGUUCAAUUGCCACGCGGUCUUACCGUCGCGACAUUGGUUGAAGAAAGGCCCUUUCUUCUGCUUGCCAUCGCGUCAGCUGCUGCCUUUGAGUAUCCUCAGCUACAGCGUACCCUUGAAGCAGAGUUGAAGGAAAUGCUUAGCCUUCAAGUUAUCAUAAAUGGAAACAGGAGUUUGGACAUCCUUCAGGGACUGCUUGUCUAUCUGGCUUGGUUUCAUUUUCAUCUAGUUCCUCGAUCUAGGCGGACAUACACGUACAUUCAAUUAGCGAUAAGUAUCGUGAUCGACCUUGGCCUCCACGAGGAAAAUGGUGAUAUCAACAUUGAUCAAAGAGAUCGAUAUUCUUCAGAUCCAUCGUCCAGACCAGAGGGAGCUGAAUUGUGUAGCAAUGAAGCCCGACGAGCAUAUCUUGGGUGUUAUUAUCUUUCGAUCAACAAUGCACAAGUUACCUCCAAACCUAACAAUCUGCCGUUUUCGGAGAAAAUGUUGCAGGAUUCUAUUUUACUUGAUGAGCUACAGGAAUACCAGACUGACCGACUAAUACGUCCUCUUAUAAGAUUGCAGCACCUAGCGGAACGAACCUACGAGACGUAUCGUGGCGAGAAGUCCGACGGGGGUCAAAACCGCCUCCAUCUGCAUGCAAGUCAGAUGAUUACCCAGUUGAAGGAGUGGAAGUGCUCCACGCCUUCGGAUCUGGCUGAUACGGCCUUGCUGCAAAGUGCAUAUCACUGCGUCCGGAUUCAAAUUUAUGAAAUGGGUUUGGUAUAUCGAUGUCCGAACAGCAAAAUUAUGGAUAAAAAUAUCGCGAAUGGUGCUGAAAGCCGACCCGUGAAGCCCGCGGUUAUUGCGAACUUAGUCAAAAGCGUUGAAGCGGCGAAAGAGGCCUACGACUUUUUUCUCGAAAUUCCACCAAGAUCAUAUAACUACUUAUCGACAGUGGAAUGGUCUCGCAUCACGACGAUAACAAUAAUAAUUUACACCUUGUCUGUUCGAUUCCCUGGAGUUCCUGACUGGAAUAGGGAGUUAGCUAGACAAACCUUGGAAUUUGAGAAAUACCUUGGCAAGUUGGUAGACCAUAUAAACUGCGGCAGGGCAGAGAUGUCUUCUUCUGCAUCCCUUACUCCGACUAUGUUCGCCCUAUUUCCAGACAUCCUUGACAGCGUCAGAGUCACGUAUGCCGCAAUAACAGCGUCUCCCAGUAAUUUCCCGCAAGGAAUCCGUGCACAUAAAGCUUUAGACAGUGGGAAGGAAUGUCAAAGGCCGUCAACGCGAAGAGCAAGGAACUUUGCGUGCCCAGGCUUUCGCCAUUUGCCAGCGCGGUGGGACCAUCCAAACAACAGCACGUUUAAUCACCCGCAACUUAGUUACGACGCCGUGACGGAGUUGCAGGCCGUAGAAAACAAGGCCUUGUGGGACCAUUUGUUUUCUGCUGACUAUCUUACAUGAAAGUUGGCUCGCAGAAAAUCGCAAGAUGUGGGAUGAAUACAGAAAAUAUAGACAAAGACAAGAGGCACAUGGCAACUCGAGGAUCCACCAGAAUUCCUUUGUUUCAAGAUCCAGCUAGCAAAGCAAGUUUUGAAAUCACGCGAGAUUUCUCUCAUGUCCGGUGUCUUUUUUUUAUAAAGAACUUUGCUGUCGAUAUGAGUCUUGCACAAAUGAAGGGGAGAUUUAUGCAUAUACUAAUCGAGAAUAAUUGUG